GUCGGUUCCACGCUUCAAAUUUGCGUCCGCGUCGAUUUCACGCGCCGUUCCCCCAAAUCGAGUCCCACUCCCACUCCUUCCCCGGCGCAUAAAUACAAAUCCCCAAAUCCCCAAAUCCCAAUCGAGACCAAACCCUAACCCUAGCAAUCCACAUCGAGAGAUCGAGAGAGAGAAGCAUGGCGCGCGCCAAAGGCAGGAAGCGCGCGGCCGCGGCGGGCGGCGACAGCCAGGCGGAGGCGGCGGCGGCGAACGGUGGCCGGCCGAAGCGCACCAAGACGCCCCCCAAGCCCAAGCCGGAGCCGGAGUACGUCCACGAGCCGAGGAAUCUGGAGGAUCUUUGGCUGUCGGCUUUUCCUAUAGGGACAGAGUGGGAAAAUAUUGAUAAGAUUAAAGAGUUCAACUGGAACUUUGAAAAUUUAGAGAAAGCUCUAGAAGAAGGGGGGAAACUGUAUGGGAAGACGGUCUAUGUAUUUGGCAGCACUGAGCCUCAACUGUUGAAUGUUGGCGGUGAAUCGAAGAUAGUGCUUAUUCCAGUUGUAGUUGUGGUUGAUUGCCCCUUCCCUCCAUCAGAUAAAAUUGGUAUAAAUUCUGUCCAAAGGGAAAAUGAAGAAAUAGUACCAAUGAGGGUGAUGAAAAUGGCUUGGGUGCCCUAUGUUCCACUAGAGGACCGGCUAACUAGAAUUGACAGUUUGAAAACCAAAAUAUUCACUCUUGGCUGCACUCAGCGAAGGUCUGCCCUGAAGCAUCUCAAAGAAGAACGAGUGAAGAAGUUUGACUACUGCAUGCCUUAUUAUAUGCCACUUAGUCCUCCUGAAGAUGAAGAUGACACAGUAGUCAAUAUCAUGUAUCCUCUAGAACCCCCGAUAGUAUGCGACUUCGACUGGGAAAUGGAUGAUAUGGAGGAUUUUAUUGAUGAGAAAGUCAAAGACGAGGUCUUGCCGGAGGAUGAGAAGGAAAAAUUCAAGGACUUCAUAAAGGAGAGAGUUAGAGAAAGGAAGAGAGAGCUGAAGCAGGCUAAAGAAGCGAGAAAGAAAGCUAUUGAUGAUAUGGAUCCAAAGUUGAAAGAGGCAUUUGAAAAUAUCCGGUUUUACAAAUUUUAUCCUGUAAAAACCGAUGACACUCCUGAUGUGAGCCAAGUAAAGGCGAGGUACAUUAAUAGAUAUUACCGCCACGCGCAUGAAGUGCUGUGAUGUGCAACCUCGUAUUUUGCUGUGCGCAGUAUCAAGCUAUCCAUCCAAGCUACGGGUGGAAAUUUUGGAAAACUGGAGGGUUGCCUGCUUGGUAGGCAGACUCAAUUCGGGGCUUAUAUUGGGCCAAUGGAUAACUUUGUUGCCUCUGAACUCUAUUGUAGUACAGUUUCACCCAUGCUCCUGAGUGUCUCCUCCUCCGGCAUUUUACUUCUCUUUGUACUGCGACUGCGAUAUGUAACAUUGUGGGAGGUAGUUGUAGCGGCCAGAAAAGUAGAUCCUGUAAGAGCAGAACAAUUGUUCCAGGAACAGUUUGUUCCGUUUCUCACCCAGUACAGCUCUGGCUUCCAUUAUUGUUUAGCUUACCCUGUGUAUUUCGACGGGAUCCCUAUAUAUAUUUUGAUGUUUAACCC